CAUUGUGUAUUUUGAAAAUGAUGAGGAAAGCUAAAUAAAAAUGAAAAGUACAAUGAAUGGUCAAACAGAUCCGACACUGAAAGUUGCAGAAGAUAAGACAACGAGAGUUACCGAAGAUAAGACAUCGAAAGUUACCGAAGAUAGUAUUCUACCCCAAGUCUACAAAAGGCGUUGGAUUAUACUUUUUCUGUUCUCAUUUGUUUCAUUAACUAACAACUUCCAAUGGUUACAUCUGAACAUAAUAGGAGAUGUUUUACUUAACUAUUACAAUGCCAGUUUGCCAGAGGACAAAUUUCAAAAGGAGACCGCUUUAGAUUGGCUUUCUAUGGUCUACAUGCUAGCUUAUAUACCGCUAAUCUUUCCAUCAACAUGGCUUCUAGACAAAAAAGGACUUAGGGUGGUCAUUAUUUGCGGAAGUUUCCUCAAUGCAGUUGGCGCUUGGAUAAAAGUAGCAUGUGUUAACCCCGAUCGUUUUGCGUUAUUGAUGUUCGGUCAGUCUGUUUGUUCGGUAGCUCAGAUUUUUAUACUUGGUAUCCCGGCGAGACUUGCAGCAAUAUGGUUUGGUCCAAACCAAGUAUCCACAGCAACAUCUUUAGGUGUAUUUGGUAACCAGAUUGGUGCAGCUGUUGGCUUUUUACUACCUCCACUUCUGGUGAAAUAUAGUCCCGACAUAGAUCUGGUCAGCAGCCAAUUAUAUACUUUGUUUUAUAUUGGUGCUGGUGUCACAACGGUUCUUUUUUUACUUGUUUUAGUUAUUUUUAAGAAAGAACCACCACAACCACCAAGUAGAGCUCAAUGGUUAGCAGUAAGAAAUGCUGCCAGUCAACAUUACGGUAAAUCCCUGCUGAGAUUAAUAAAAAACAGAGGGUUUCUUUUACUGGUAUUAACUUAUGGGAUAAACACUGGAUCCUACUACGCCAUAGCAACAUUACUGAAUCCCGUUGUUUUGCAUUAUUAUCCGGGUCACCAAAAAGAAGCUGGAGAAAUAGGUUUGACAGUAGUUAUAGCAGGAAUAGUAGGAGCUAUACUGGCUGGAGUAUGGCUUGAUAAAACUAAAACAUUCAAGGGAACAACUGUUGGUAUAUAUUUGCUGUCAUUAGCUGGUAUGGUGGCAUUUACUUUCACAUUGAAUGUAAACUUACUAUGGGUAGUAUAUCUAUGUGCUGGAAUAUUAGGAUUUUUCAUGACUGGUUACCUGCCUGUAGGGUUUGAAAUUGCUGCAGAAAUAACUUAUCCAGAGUCAGAGGGUACAUCAUCAGGGCUUUUGAACGCUUCAGCACAGCUCUUUGGAAUCAUUUUCACUAUAAGCAUGCGUGCCAUGAUGAAUGAAGUCAGUAUUUUUGGUGCUAAUAUUACACUCAGCUCAUUUCUUCUUCUUGGAACUAUUUUAACGGCGUUUAUAGGUGCUAAUUACAGACGACAAACUGCUGAAAAAGAGAGAAUUUCUAGAAUAGAUUUCCUAGACAUCAACAUUAUUAAAACGAAAAACGAUAAAAACGCUGCAUAAAAGGACAAUAGGUGUCAUUAUUUGUUUGCUGUUUGCGAUGCAUCCUGCGACGACGAUUUCGAAACGGUCUUCCAUGUUUGACCAAAAAUAUAUAACAAAUAUAACAAAUAUAUAUAAUAGAUAUGAAUAUGAAUAUAUACACUGUCAUGCUGUUCUACAUUUUCUAUGUCCC